AAUGGAUGAAACAAAAAGGGGACCGCCUUGGGAGCAAAACAAACCACAACCACGAGUUGGAUUUUGCUCUGCGGCUGGUCCCUUUUGGACUUCCAGGAGCUCAUUUAACUGUUCAAUCUAUUUAUUAGGGAUAUUGAUAUUGGCUAGUAAAUCUAAUUAACAUCCUUUCCCUGUUCUUGUGUAUAGAGAUUUGCUGAAGAAGAAGAAGAUAGAGAUCAAUUGCUGAAAUUAAUCUUCACCCAGAUGGAGAAGGAAACUAAGGUCUGUGUGACCGGUGCAGCAGGCUACCUAGGUUCUUCCCUGGUCAAAAAGCUGCUAGAAAAGGGACACAUCGUCCAUGCAACAGCAAGGAAUUUGGGAGAUCCGAAUAAGAUCGGGCUUCUUAAAAGCCUCCCAAAUGCAGAAACCAGAUUAAGGUUGUAUGAAGCUGACAUAUAUAAUCCCAGUCAGUUUCAACAUGCAAUUGAAGGCUGUCGAUUCGUUGUUCAUAUGGCCACUCCCUUACAGCAUGAACCCCAGAAUCAUCAGUUCAAAGAUACAUCUGAGGCUGCAGUUGCUGGAGUGAAGAGCAUUGUGGAGUCUUGCAUCAGAUCAGGAUCAGUGAAGCGACUCAUCUACACAGCUUCGGUGGUAGCAGCGUCAGCUUUAAAAGAAGAUGGGGAAGGCUUUAAAGAUCAGUUAGAUGAAUCCUGUUGGACUCCCAAAGAUGUUGCUCUUCCUUACACCAAUGAGCUAUUAAUGGGUUAUGUUAGCUCAAAAGCCGCUUCCGAGAAAGAGUUGCUGAGGUAUGAUAGUGAGAUAGAAAUUGUGAGCCUCACUUGUGGGCUUGUGGGAGGGGACACACUUCACUCUAGCAUGCCGGAAAGCACGGGAGUGCUCAUUUCACAAGCCACGAAGAACAAAAGGAGGUAUAACACUCUAAGGUUUUUGGAGGAAUUGUUGGGAAAAGUCCCAAUUUUACACAUUGAGGAUGUUUGUGAUGCUCAUAUUUUCUGCAUGGAGACGCCCUCUAUCAGAGGCAGACUUCUCUGUGCCAGCGCAUAUUUGAGUUCUGCAGAUAUUGCGAAUCACUGUCGAAAAAUUUAUCCAGAUAUCGAAAUACCUGAUGAGUUUGUGUUGAACUCGGGGAGAGAAAUCCUUUGGGGUUCUACUAAGCUGAAAGAAAUUGGAUUUGAGUACAAAUGUGAUGUCAAAACGAUACUAGAAGACAGUAUCAACUGUGGGCUGAAGCUGGGUGAAUUUUCAAUAUUCUGAACCGACCCCUUUGUUAAUUGCUAUCCUUUGAUUAGAAGUACAUGCUCUCAAGACUCGAAUUUUCGUUUUCAAUGAAUAAAGGGAAUGUCCCUUAUUAUUGGACACUUUAAACAA